AUGGGGCGUGUUGAUUAUCUGGCGAUGAAGACCGACGUCGAUACGGUUGCUUUGGUCAAUUCCGACGUGGAGGAGCUUAAGAUCGCCGCCAAGAAGCUCGUUAGCGAUGUUACGAAGCUUGGUGGAUUAGCUUUCGGUGUUUCUUUUCUCAAAUGGCUCGCCUGUUGCUCUGCCAUUUACUUGCUAAUAUUGGAUCGUACCAAUUGGAGAACAAAGAUUCUCACUUCACUCCUCAUACCAUACAUCUUCCUUAGCCUUCCUCAUGUGGUUUUUCACUUUCUCAGUGGAGAUGUUGGGAAAUGGAUUGCUUUUAUUGCAGUUGUACUCAGACUUUUCUUCCCAAAGCAUUUCCCAGAUUGGCUUGAGCUACCAGGUUCUCUGAUCCUUCUGCUGGUAGUUGCUCCAAGCUUCCUUGUUCACCAUGUACGCGGAACAUGGUACGGCUCUUUCAUCAGCCUUUUCAUAGGAUGUUACCUUCUUCAAGAACACAUCCGAGUAUCGGGUGGGUUCAGGAACUCGUUCACGCAGCCUCGUGGUGUGUCAAACACUUUAGGGAUCAUCCUCCUUUUGGUCUACCCUGUUUGGACUCUUAUCGUUCGUGUCUCGUUAUAA